CUGUUAACGUGAGAAGACAAAUGAUGGGAAUCAUGGACAACGUUAAACAGUUUCUUCAAGGAGUGGAGCUUGACAUCUGGAUGGCGGCACUGCUGACAGGGGCUGCCUGCGCUGUGGGAGCUCUGGUGCUGCUGGUGCAGAAGGUCCACAGCCACCAAGAGACCAGGGGAAAGAUCCAGAGAGCCAGAGAGCGGAGGACUGAGAGCGUGCAGCGGGCUGAGCAGGCUGUGCUCCAGUACAAGAAGUUGCAUCCAGAGAUGAACUCGGCUCUCAUCUUGUCGCUGUCCCUGGCUGAGCUGACAAAGAAAUUGCAGGAAGGCUCACUGAGCCCUGAGGACGUGUUUUACUCUUACAUGGAAAAGGCUCUGGAUGUACACAAGGAUCUGAACUGCUGCACAGGGAUCCUGUUGGAGAGUUUUGAUCAGCUGAAAACUGUGUCCUCCAACAAGACAGGUCUCUUGUAUGGAGUUCCAGUUAGCAUCAAAGAAAACUAUGGUUACAAGAAUCAUGACUCUUCUUGUGGUCUGACCAUUAAUCUGGACCAGCCUGCCCAGAAGGACUGUGUGCUUGUUGAAGUUCUGAAGAGACAGGGAGCCAUUCCCUUUGUGAAAACCAACUUGCCCCAAGGCCUAUUAUGUUAUGACUGUGGUAACCCCAUCUAUGGGCAGACCCUGAACCCACACAACCUCCAGAAGACCUGUGGAGGUUCGUCUGGUGGGGAGGGGGCUCUCAUUGGGGGAGGGGGCUCCGUGCUCGGUUUGGGCAGUGAUAUAGGGGGGAGCAUCCGUAUUCCUGCCUCAUUCUGUGGGAUCUGUGGCUUUAAGCCAACACCAGGUCGUCUCAGUUUAAAGGGUUUUAACCCCCUUUAUCGGGGACAAAAAUCAAUUCUGUCAAGUGUGGGACCCAUGGCGAGAGAUGUGGACAGUCUGGCUCUGUGUAUGCAGGCUCUGCUCUGUGACCACAUGUUUUCUUUGGACCCCACUGUUCCACCAAUACCGUUUGAUGCGCAGAUAUAUCAGAGCUCCAGACCUCUCAGGAUCGGUUACUUCGAAAGCGACGGAUUCUGCCAUCCGUCUCCAAGCAUGGCCCGAGUCAUCAGAGAGGUCAAAGUCCUGUUAGAGCAAGCAGGGCACACUUUGGUGCCUUACAGUCCUCUGAAGCUUAGUAGCACUUAUCAUGAACUGGUAGAAAAGGGAUUCAUAGCAGACGGAGGUGCCACCCUGCUUCAAAGAGUGGGCAGGGACCCUCUGGACCCCAGUAGUCCACAGCUUUUCCCUUGCUAUCUGCCUAAGUGGUUGAAGAAAACCCUCUCUUUCCUACUCAAGCCUCUGUUUCCUCGAAGUUCUGCUAGUCUCGAUGGUCUCUGUGGAGUUGGAUCAGUUCAAGAGCUGUGGAAGCACCAUGCCGCUGUUGAGGACUACAUUCAGGAUACGAUAGCAGAGUGGAGACGAUGCAACAUAGAUGUGCUGCUGUGCCCUGUGAUCGGACCAGCCUACAACUUAUUCUACUGCAGCAAGCUUAACAUUUAUUCCUCUUACACGAUACUUUACAAUCUCCUCAAAUUUCCUGCCGGCGUUGUUCCUGUUUCCACUGUGACAGCAGAGGAUGAGGAGGAACUCAGACACUUUAAGGGCAUUUAUCAGGACAACUUUGACAAGCUCUUCAAAAAGGCUGUGACUGGAGGAGAGGGUCUUCCCGUGGCGGUGCAGUGUGUCGCUCUGCCGUGGCAGGAUGAGCUCUGCCUGCACUUCAUGAAGGAGGUGGAACAACUGGUCAAACAGAGCAGAAAGUGAGGCCUGGAAGCCACAAGUGGGGCUGCUGACUCCUGGGACCGAUGUGAAAACACAAGCAGCAAGCCAGUCUGUGAAAUCAUUAAUGAUGACGAUGAUGAUGAUGAUGAUGAUGAUGAUGAAAAAAAACCCAACUGUUAACAACUGAUUUCGUUUUCAUUAAAGGAACACUCGUUUUUUCAUAUUAAAACAUGUUAUUCGGGUAAGUAAGACGAGUUGAUACAGACCUCUUGCGUCUCAAUGCGUGCACUCAAUCGCCCUGGCGCGCAGAGCUACUUGGCUAGCACUUAGCUUAGCCCAGUUCAUUCAUUAGGAUCCACACAGAUGGACAGUUAGAAGCGACCAAACUCCUCCACGUUUUCCCUAUUUAAAUACAGCUACACGAGUAGUUAAACGACCAAGUAUGGCGACACAAAAGAAAAUGUGGCGCUUUUCGAAGCGGAUAAAAAGGAUAACUAUAAUGUAUGGCGGAAUAGCACUUGGGAGCACUUCGACUCAGGGGGAUCAUCACUCCUGACGGAAGUGAGAGGGAGCGGAAGUGAUGAUAUUACUGCGCCGAGUCGAAGUGCUCCCAAGUGCUAUUCCGCCAUACAUUAUAGUUCUCCUUUUUAUCCGCUUAUUGUCCCAUGACUAUUGUCCCAAAAUUUAACAUGCUGUUUGGACUUUAGUAUGCUUUAAUAUAGAUGCAAAGUCUUUGUUCUCUUUUUCCACUGCUGGCAUUACUUAAUAUAAUAAGAAGAAGAAGAAGAAGAAGAAGAAGAAGAAGAAGAAUCACCAUUAGGCAAAAAGGCAGUGGAAAACUGAAUUUACAAUAAAUAACAAAAUUGUCAUUUUAAACAAAGCUGUUAUCUCUUUACAAGAGCAGACAACUUACUGUGAUGUGAUGACUAAUGAAUAAAUAAUAAAAACAAAGUUAAUAGAAGAACUGCUGUGGUUUCCACAACAGAAAUGUUGAAAUUCGUUUCACCAACAAUGCAUGCUGUACAGGUUAAGAUAUCCUCUGCUCAUCUGUGCCAUCAGUCCUCAUACAUUUUGUGAUGUUUUUAAAACUUGUGCAGUUAGCAUGUUUUUAUUGUUGAAUGCUGAACAAACUGAAGUAUGGGGCAUCUUCAUCAAGGCAUCCAGCAGCUGCAAGGGCACAAAACCUUUAUCUUUACCUCCUUCUUCAUCCUCCAUCUCUCCUCCUCCAUCACUGUGCCAGAGAUGAGUGGAGAUCAUUUUCAUUCUUAUUGUGAGUGAUUGUUGCACUGAUGCCUUAACAGGAAACAGAAAAGAGAUAAAGGAGACUAAUGACACAUGGCGCCUCCAUCUACAAGGCCAGUGCACCAUGUCUUCAUAUUGUGAUUACCCCGUGCUAUUGUAAAUAUGUGUUUCUGUUGGGUUUACAUAAAUUUACAUAUGUUUUAAAACUCUCCUGGGAUGGGAAACCAUUAGGGACAAUGUUAGUGUUUUCCAUUACAAUCGCCUACGUUUGCACUGCUUUCUCAUUGAAUGGAAAUGGCCGUGUGCGUGCGGUAGAGGAAGGAGGGCACAUUAGGAGAGGAGGGGAGCUGGAAUUGAGAGGUUGUUCUUAGCAUUAUCUGUGGCACAUAGAGAGAGAGUGUGUGGCUCUCGCUGUGCCACUCAGUCAGGGAGCAUUAAGCUUUAAGAGGCAGUGAAGAGACUCAGGUCUUCAGAGGGAACUUGACAUUGUUCAUAAAUCCCUCAGGAUCUGAGACAGACGCAAUGACAAAAAUUCACACACACACGCACACAUGCACAAAGUCAGUCUUGAAAUUGCCGCAUUAAAUACACUUACCAAUUACAAUUUGGCAGUGUGUGUAUUAUAUUACAUGUUAAAAUCAAUUUAUUAGUAUGUUAUUAAAAUGCUGUAGCAUCAAACAUGCUCAAAGCACAAGUGAUAUAGUGCAAAAGGCCAUUUAUUAUUCUCAUAUUUUGAUGUUACCAACAUAUUAUUUUAUCUACAUAAUAAACAGAAUUUUAUAUAUGUAAUUUCUUACACUGUUAUGAAAAUGUACUACCUAAUAUAAAGUGUCAGUCAGCACUAAGACUCUGCAUUUUAAUAAUAAUAGCUAUAUAAUAAUUAUGUUAAUUAAAAUAAAAAGCCAUUUUUAUGUAUGUGUAUUUUACACCUGUGCUUUCCCUGUUAUGAAUAAGACAUAAUGAAUGUAGAGACAUAUUUUGUUACCAGGAGCUACUCAUGGUACUGCAACAAAAAAUGCCUUACGGCCCGAAAAGUGUUUUCCGCAUAGGCCACCAUUAUAACACCUUGAAAUGCAAACAAGGCCAAUUAUGACUCUUUCUAUUUUUUUCUUUCUACUUGACAGAUAAAGUGUAUAUAUUCUCAAAACUGUAUUACUCAAUCUCUUCCAAACAUAUCACAAUGGAAAUAAACCACAAUUAACAGAG